AUACUCUUCAGGUUAGAGAUAACACAUCACUUCCGGCAAAAUGAUUGCAGACGUUCAUCCACUGUUUCAGACGUUUUUAGGAACAUUAUUUACAUGGGGAUUAACUGCAUUAGGCUCAGCAUUAGUCUUUGUUUUUAACUCUGGCCAGAGAAGAAUUCUUGAUGGCAGUCUAGGAUUUGCUGCAGGUGUAAUGACAGCAGCUUCAUACUGGUCACUGUUAGCUCCUGCUAUAGAAAUGGCUGAGAGGUCUGGUAGUUAUGGUGAUGAUGGACAGUGGGCAUUUAUACCUGUUGCUAUAGGUUUCACCCUUGGGGCUGCUUUUGUGUAUGGAGCUGAUGUCUUUAUGCCUUAUUUGGGAGCUGAUAGUACCACAAGUUUAGCACUUACGCUGGAUACAAAUACAAAAAUAGAUAAAGAUGGUCCAUCUACAGAUUCUAGUAUUCAGAUGCCAACAUAUGAUGAUGGAUUAGGUUAUAGUAACAAAUCAUCCGGUGCAAAGCCCAGAAGACGAGGAGGUGAUCCAAUUAUACCAAGCACAACAAAUGAUGAUAUAGGAAGAUCAGGGGAGGGUAGCUCUACAAAUAUAAGCUGGAAGAGAAUAUUGUUACUAAUAAUAGCUAUCACUAUACACAAUAUACCUGAGGGUCUAGCAGUAGGUGUUGGUUUUGGUGCUAUAGGAAAAUCACCAGCAGCUACAUUUGAAAAUGCAAGAAAUUUAGCUAUAGGUAUUGGUAUUCAAAAUUUUCCAGAAGGUUUAGCUGUCAGUCUACCUUUAAAAGGGUCUGGAAUGUCUACACUAAAAUGUUUCUGGUAUGGUCAACUAAGUGGUAUAGUGGAGCCUAUAGCUGGUAUGUUUGGAGCACUAGCAGUUGUGAUAGCUGAACCAAUCCUUCCAUAUGCUUUAGCAUUUGCUGCAGGGGCAAUGAUUUAUGUUGUUGUUGAUGAUAUUAUACCAGAGGCUCAAACUUGUGGGAAUGGAAAGCUGGCAUCAUGGGCCUCCAUACUUGGUUUUGUUGUUAUGAUGACAUUAGACGUUGGUCUCGGAUAAUUUAUUGUGUAAGAAGCAACUAUAGGACAUUCCAGAUUGUUAACAUUGUCUGUGAUUGUUCAUCAUUUAUAUACAAGAAUUCAGGAACUGCCAAAAUAAUCACUGCCAAAACUAUCCUGAUGAUCGGUAGAGGGAAUGCUCAUUUUUCACAAAUUUUUCUUUUGAUUGGAGGAUAAUCUUUUCUAGAUUUUAGUGACUCUUUUAUGUAUCUUUUUUUGUUUAAAAUUUGUUUUUAUGUCAUAUUUUCCUAAUUUUUAAGGAUUAGACAGAUUUAGUGCCAAGGGACCUUUUUGUGUGUCCAUAUUAAUUAUCAAACAAGUGUACUUUUAUGUACUACUUCAUUGCUGCUGAGAUGCCAGUAACUGCUUGAAAUGAUGCAUGUUUUGGUAUCUGAGGUUUUUCCUCACCAUUGCAACUGAAAAGUUGCCAAAUUACCUUAACCCUUAUCCUGCGGGAACGGAAUGUGUGGCCUUUGCUACCAGUAUAUAGCCAGGCUAGCUGGCAUGUCUGUGCUGUCUGACUAGGCUCUAUACUGUUGCGUCAUUUUGAGAUCUCCCCAAAUUGAUAAUGGAUAAUUUCAAAAAAUGAAAGUUGGACUAGUCCAUUUAAGAAUUUCGGCAUUCUAAUGGUAAUCGAUUCGAAUUCUUUGACAGUCUGACUUAAAACAUAAUCAAAAUAAGGAUGAUAAUCAGUAUAGUAUCAAACGAGAAAAUUUUUAAUCAUUUUAAAGGUAAUAUAUAUCAAAUUACAGCUGGAUGUCUCAUGGAGCUAUCUCCAAGGUUAUGACAUUCAACUUGUUUAUCCUUUUAUUAAUUUACUGUCACAGAAGUUCAGUUUUCUGAAAGAAAAAAAAUGGACAGCAUUUAAAUGUACUUGAAAUGAUAUUGUAAGCUGAUCAAGUUCAUUAAAAAAUUGUAGACAUUUGUGGUUGAUUGGACUCCUUUAUUCAUGUAAAAAUAUACAAGACAGAAGAAACAGCGAAACAGUCUCAUAUUCUUACAACCUAUAAACUUGAGCCCUCCCGUGAAAUUAACAAGGCGGACAAAAGCCCUCCCCUAACUAAAAUAAAUAUGUAUGUUGAAUACCUGUGUUUUUUCAAUGCACUCAACAUAUUAAAAUUGUUACAUAUAUUUCUUGUUGUUUUCAAUUGGCCUAAGUAUGUGUAUGAGCUAGAACUACCUUUUAUUCUGAAUUUACCUUCCUGAAAUGUUUAACAAGGUAACUUUUUACACAAAUGUCAUUAAAAAUAAAGUUACUUUCAA